GCCUCAUCAAUGACCAUAAAAACGCCCAUGGGAAUGCGCCGGUUCCUCCCCCGCCUCCUUCGCGUUCCAGGUGGAGGAACCCUAAACUUCCUGCCUUCGACAGCCAAGCGACCUUCAGCGCUAGAUACGGCCAGCAACCCUCCCGAGAUUUCCCGCCCGGCCAGGCCAACGCGACUACCUGGAGGAAGAAAUACUCUCUAGUCAACGCUCCGCCUAGGCCGACCCUGUCUUCGGCCACCAGCAUUUCUCCGGGGACUUCCUGGGCGGCCCAGAGCUGUGCCGGUAAGGAGGCUCCCGAGCCACCGCCGAUACUUUUGGAAGCAAGGCCCCACUCCAGCGCAAAGGCCAACCUUGGGCUGCCAGCUGACUCCGUGGCGAGUGACGCCGCCGGCUCAGGGUUUCCGACGGACUUUCCAGGGUCAAGAAAGUCCCCGUCGUCUUCCAGCCGAAGCCCGUCCGCGGCUUCUUGUCCUCUGUCCGCGGACUCGGGACACAACCAAGAGGUGUUCCACCUACCCCUUUGCAAAAGCCUGGCUAUGGGUGGAAGUAACCGGCCGGAGUCCGGUCCGAAAAAGCCUGUCGGGGGGAGCGUGCUGACCCCCAGCUUAGGCCGGACUAUCAGCGAGGGUGCCAUUACGUUGAAAUCUGAGCCUCGCCGGUGUCUCGCCUCGCCUGAGCAGGGGGCGAGGUCUCUCCCCCUCUGGAAGAAACCAGCAUCCCAGGCUGCACCCCUGUGUGGCUCAAACCGCCAGCCCUCUCCUGCUGGGUCAGUCGAGCUCAGCUCCCCCAGGAACGUGGCCUUGUCUGGGGGCUGCAACCCUUCGGGCGAGGAGGCAUCGGCCUCUUCCAGUUCUGGGACGAGUCUUCCCGCAAACAAGUCCGCCCUUUUAUUGGUCCAGAAGCCGUCUUCCUUGCCGGUUACCGGCAGGUCUUCCCGCUUCAGGGGAGUCAACUACACCUGGGUGGCAAAUCCCGGCAAAUCCCCGCGAAGCGUGAAGCGGUGGGCCGUUUCCAGGGCCCCCGAAAGCACCCCCCGGUUCUCUGCCUGCGUGGCGACGGCCUCCCCCAAACUGCAGUCCAGGGGAGGGCCUCUCGAACUGGGGGCCAAGCCAAAGAAACCCGCCCCGCAUGCGAAGCUGGCGGCUUCCUCCAGCCAGUACAGGUGGAAAGCGGCGAGUGCGAAGUCUGCCCCUUCCCCCUUGGCCUCGGUCUUCACUUGGAAGCGGAAGGAAGGGGUUGGGCCCGGUGAGGCCUCCUGUGUGGGUGCCAGCACCUCCGUCCAAGCACUGAGGCGGGUCCCUCUCGGACAGGGCAGCCUUGCCCAGGGCAGCCCGAGAGGCGUCUUGGGAACUACCGGCUUUUUAAAUUACAGACUGAGAAACUGGCCGAAAAUCACGAAGAGGAAAGGAAGCGCCAGCUCUCCCACCCUGCUCCUGAAAAGCCGCUACUGCCUCCGGAAACGCCACACUGCACGGGGAAGGUCCUCUCCCACCGCCCGGCGGACCGGCACAAAGGGCCUCGUGCAAAUCGGCAAGCACCGGUUGCGCCGGCUGCCGGCCUCUCGCGCUCCUGGUUCGCCCAAAGAAG